UGACGACGAGACGAAGAAUCCCACAUGAUGCUGCUGAGGGGGCCAAUACAAAUCAAGUCUGAAGUAUUAGUCCAGUACCAAAUGCACACAGGGUGCAUUUAAAACGAGUUUAACUGUGAUGUUAUUUAUAUUUUUAGGAUGAUUUACUCCUGAUUAUAUGGUCAUAUCAUCAUUAUUAUUUCACUCAUUCCCUCAGAUAUAAUAACUUAUGUGUUCAAUCAAGAUACAUACUUUCAGUUAGGAGACAAAACGAAGUUACAUUCAUUUAAACACUGACUUUUUUAUAAACCUUCCUAAACUUGUUGAAUCUGUUUUGCUUUGUUAAUAAAUAUUAACAAUUUUCUCUGACGAUUCUGUUGUGUUGCUGUUUGCCCGCAGUUGUGAGGCGCUUUAAGAUGAUCAUUAAGAGCUUAUUUCAAUUUCAAAGACAAACUAGGCAGCAAAAGAAGUAGAAAUGUAUGAUCAGUAAACUAAAGCUUACAAGAUGUGUUGUGAGGUUUCAAUGCAGUGAUUUAACUGUUUGAUAUGCUAAUGAAAUCCACUCCGCAGAGAUGGGAGUCUUGAGGUGUAUGAACACACCCUGCUCAAUGUUGUGGAUAAUAAUGGGAUGCUUCUGAACUAAGAAUAGAUUGUUUUUAUAGGCAGCCAUUUGUAACCGUUUCUUCAUCCUUUGUGUAAUUUAUCCCAUCUGAAUAUUUGUAGACCAUUUUAUAUUUGUUUACCAUGAAGGAUCUAUCAGAGAAUGAGGGUUUGGUGAAGCCAGCACUAAUAGAAAAGAAACAGAUACAACACACUGUAUUAUCUCAGGCCAUAUGAUCUGCUGCAAACGUGCCUCAUCCAUCAUGGUGCCUCCCUUGACUCCCUUGAUCUGUCCUAUCAAAGACAGAUGGUCUGCACCCAAAAAGGAAAAUGGCCUGCCUGAUGAUGUCUGCGAAUAUGGACUGUGGCCUCCGGGUGUGCCGAGUUGGCACUGCAGGAAAUACAGUGACCCAUUUAUGGCUUUCCCUAAAGACACCCAGAGAGUCCCACACUGUUUGACCUGCUGACCCUAAAAAAAAGCUGAGCGUGGUCCUCGUGCUACUCAUUGGGUGCACGCAUCAUCUUGUUCAGGGAAGGUGCAGCGUGGAGCAUUGCACGGACCCCACGAGGUGUGUUCUGUCCGAAGACCAAAGAAGCUGCAAAUGUGCCAUUGGAUAUUAUGGCGACCAAUGUGACAAAGAUGCACACAUACAAGUAAUGUGUGGCAGGGACUACAUAACAGUCAGAGCAUUAGAGGAUUUCUUCAUGUACCACAACGUGCCACUGGAGUCCCUGCACUUGUCCAACAAAUCUUGCCGUGCUCAGAGAGAAGUCAUCCAUGGUGUGCCGUACUACAUGUCCCGGAUAACUAAAGAGAAAUAUCUAGCCUGUGGAGGCAAGCAGCUGGAGAAAAACUUUACUCACAUCUCCUAUUCCCUGAGUCUACUGUCAGAUCCUCAGGUUACUGGAAACAUCAUCAGAAAUCCAGUCAUUAAGAUUGAUUACAAAUGCAUCUAUCCAUACAUCAGGAGAGUCAGCCUACCUUUCCCGGUCAUCCCCUUUUCCAGUGAGGCAGUGAUACGUGUAGAUGAACUUGAUGCCACAAUAGAGCUGAUGCUGUACACAGACCAGUCCUACUCUAAGGCCUACAGCAGUUCCCCCACCAUCGAGCUCAGAGACAAGGUGUAUGUGGAGGUGACGGUCACAGAGCCUGCAGAUUUCUUCCUGGUCCGGAUCAAUGAGUGCUGGGCCACACAGUCCUCCCAGCCUAGAACUGCAGAGGGCCUGGUUCACACGCUGCUUAUGAACGGGUGUGUGAAUGACCAAACUGUUGUCUUUCUAAACGGGAGCACGGGACAGCCUGGCCGUAACGGAGACAGUUCUACUGUUCGCUACAGCUUCGACAUGUUUCGCUUCACAUCCACACCUCACGACCUCUAUCUGCACUGCACUGUCCAGCUGUGUGAACCAGACGACCACGUGUCCUGCACACCUAACUGUAAAUCGAUCGCUAAGAGAGAAGCGGUGAGAGCAGACCCCGCCCUGGGCCUCCUGUCGUAUGGACCCAUCCGGAUUGAAAUGCCAGACGGAGCUCAAUCUAGCGUACUGAUGACGGUGGUGCUUCCUGUAGCCGCUGUCUGGACGGUUGGCUUCUUCCUCAUCAUCCUCAUCACCAUGGCCAAAGCAGGCAGCAGGAGGCUUGCACAAACUGAGGAGCACUGACAACAACAAUGCUGCUGUUGGCAGCUUCAAUAAAACU